AUGAACCCGAAUUUUCAACCGGGUAACCAAAGCGGGUCAUCAUAUCAAAAUCGCCAAGGAAAUAACCAAGGGGGUUACCAAAGGAACUACAAUCAAGGCGGUAAUGGGAGUGGCAAUUCAAACUCUCAAGGUGAUGAUUCAUUAAACUCUAAACUUGAUGCUAUUAUGAAUGCUAUCAACCAUUCAAAUCAAGAGAUAAAGAAAGAGUUUGAGGUGCGAGACAAGUCACAUAAGGCAUUGGAAAAGCAAGUGGGUCAACUUGCGGAAGAAAUGGCCCAAAUUCGUGGAAGUGGAGGAAGACUUCCAAGUGACACCGCAAUGAACCCGAAGCAUCAAAGCUCAAGCACGGGCAAUGUGAGGAAUGUACACAUUAGCGCUGUAAGUCUUCUUCCGAAUGAUGAAAUUUGUAGUGUUCAAAGCAUUCCACCACCACAAUAUGUUGAUGGUGUAGUGGAAGAUAUAAGUGAUGAGCUGGAAAGUGAAAAUGAACAAGAAACGAUUUCACAAAAUGACAUUAAAAAGGUUCCGGCUCAUGUGGAAUGUUUGAAAGAGUUGAGCAUUGAAAAACGGCACAAUAAAUUACCCGAACCAAUUGAUUUGGUAUCACAUGUUAGUGCUGUUUUAUCAAGUGCGCUCCCCCAAAAAGUUCAAGAUCCAGGAGACCCUCUUAUCCCAAUUCAAAUUGGAACAUUUAAAAUUGAGAGGGCGCUCCUAGAUCUUGGAGCUUGUGUGAGCAUCUUGCCCGGGAGUUUGUAUGACCAAUAUGAUUUUGGUCCAUUGAAAAAGUUUGAUACUCCCGUAGUAUUGGCCGAUCAGACUCCCAUGCAUCCACGGGGGAUGGUGGAGGAUGUGAUUGUUAAGGUGGAUGAUUGCUACUACCCAGUUGACUUUUUGGUAGUAGACUAUGCUGGGUGUAUUGAGGACACCCGAUAG